AUGGCGGCAGAGAUGGUAGAGGGGCGGCUGGUGAUGGCGAAGAUCAAGGGAUUUUCAUGGUGGCCAGCGCAGAUCGUCAAUCCAGCAAGCAAGGGCAUGCAGGAGAAGAAUAACGGGAGCCGCUUUGUGUAUUUCUUCGGGACGAAGAGAUACGGUUGGGCAAGGAGAGAGUGUAUCCUCCUCUUCACCACCAGCCUCCACUUGGUUUCCACUGCGAACGAGCGCAAGUUGAAGGCAGCGUUGCAAGAAGCGCAGAGGGCUGUUGUCGACUCUAGAGAUGUCGCAGACUUCGAAUCCAGUGUCAAGCGGCAAGGCCUCGGUGUCUACCUGGAGUCCAACUCCGCAGGGUCAGCUGCGAGCGCAACCGAUGGCGCAGACGAAAUCCGCAGCAUGAAACGGAAAGCAGCCGAAGACAACGCGUCAGACUCGGCCAGCGAGAAGGAUUUCAAGGCAAAGAAAUCCGAUGCAGCUGCAGGAGCAGGUACCAAGGAGAAAUCGAGAUCUGCAAAGGACGCAUUGAAGUUUCAUGAGAGCAACGACGAGGGCAUGGAUUUCGCGUGGAUCGGCAACCCCACGCAUAUCAAGGAUGGAAGGAAGUACUAUCACACCUUCAUGAAGAAUGAUCAAACUUUCCGAUGCUACGACUGUGCUUACCUGAAACCGAACAAAGAAGAUGAAGAGAUGUACAUCGUCCUCAUCAAGGAGAUGUGGGAAAGCGACGAUGGCAAGAAGGAAAUCCAGGGGCACUGGAUCUAUCGGUCAUCGGACAUGCCCAAGAGUGUUGAGAUGCUGCACAAAUCGGAGGUGUUCUUGUCCGACUGGGUGGACUGCAACCCUAUCGAGAGCGUUGUCCAGAGAGCUCCCGUCAUCUUCUCCCGCAGCGAUCCGAAGCAGAUGAACGGGAAGUUGCUUGCAAAGUCCAAAGACCUCCACAUCUGCCUCAGGAAACUUGAGCCCAAGAGUGGGAAACUUCGCUUUCUCAAGGAUGUAGAUGAAGACAUCGUGCGGCGGAUCCUGCCAAUGGACACAUCUGAGGACGACUCGGGCGACUUCCACCGGCAGCCCCCCAGGGACUACGAUCCUCAGGUCCUCGAGAGGGCGGAGAAGUGGAUCCCCCUGGAGCUGAGGCUCAAGACGUGGACGGGGAUCAAGUCUAUCAACCAAAGCAACAAGCUGCCGCAGGCUCCCAACCCUCUGCGGCACGACACGAGGGUCACUGAUAUCGCACUCUCCCCUUCCGGCGUCCAUGCGCUGACUUGCAGCAUCGGGGGGACACUCCGGCUGUGGGAUGUGGAGUCCGGGUCGAUGAAGAUGCAGUGGAAGGACUUGGAGGAGACGAACAGCCUGGACGAGCUGCACACGGUCGACAAGGGUCUUCUGACUUGGGUGGUUCAGGCUGUCCUACAACGACUUUGCCUCCACAAAGCUCCAGUGCUGAGAGUUGAGGUCGGGUGGAGUGAGGAAGGAGGGGUUUGCCUGUCGGAAAGUGCUGAUGGAGCCGUGGUGAAAUGGGUGUUUGAUGGAGAGAAAGAACUCUUUGAGAAGGCUGGUGAUGUCUUCUGCGAGAAAGCCGGUGGGAUAAACCUGCUGUACCCCCCGCGAGGCAUCGAGGCAAGCUGCAUCGCCGUUGCUCACGACCGGGGACUGAGCCUCUACGACCUCAAGACGAUGGAACGGUGUGAUCGCUUCGACGAUCUCUUCUCGUUCGACUGCAAGGAGAUCACAGUUGUCCCACCCUACGACGACAACGCCGUCUCCACCGCCUGCUGGCAGACCCUCCUGCUGUGCGGCAGAGAGUCGAAGGACGGUCACCCGCUUGUGAAGUUGUUCCAGAUCUCAGGGGCAGGCAAGGAGAAGCAUACCUGCCCGAGCAGGAAGAUCACGAAGCUCAGAGAAUUUCUGCCUCCUGUCGCCGAUGUGGACAAGAAGAUUCUCUUCGGACGCAGCUGCCUAGCAAGCAACGGCCGGUACGCCAUCCUGGCCCAGGGCUUCCGCGUGUACAUCUGGCAGCUGAAAACGGGAUCGGCCGUCGCCAUGAUCGAGCACGGGCCGAAGUCUGAGUUCCUUUCCCUCCUCCUUCAUCCCCAGAAGAAGAUACUGUGGCUGGGAACGGCGGCAGGGAUGGUCGAGCACUUCCGGCAGGAGUGA